AUGAAAAUCUCAACUUUCUUGCUUUCAGUUGGCCUCAAUGGCGCCACGAUUUCUGCACAAAACAACGGUUCAGCUCCCUCCGAAGUACCUUACUAUGGGCGCAGUCCUCCUGUUUACCCAUCCCCAAGUGGCAAUGGCUCCAGCAACGAGAGAUGGGCCACUGCCUACCGCCAUGCCAGGCAUCUCGUAUCACAGUUAACCGUAGAGGAAAAGGCCAACAUCACUCGCGGAUGGAACGGCACCUGUGUUGGUAACUCGGGUGAAGUACCUCGGCUGGGAAUACCAGCUCUGUGCUUUGCCGACGCGCCUGAUGGGAUUCGCGGGCAAGAGUUUGUUUCUGCCUUCCCGGCAGGCAUACAUGUGGCUGCCACAUUUGACAAGGCUCUUCUGUACAAAUAUGGCAAGGCACUUGGUGAUGAGUACUAUGGUAAGGGCAUCAACGUAGCGCUUGGCCCCGCUGCUGGCCCGCUUGGCAGAGUUGCCCGCGGAGGUCGCAACUGGGAGGGUCUAUCUUCAGAUCCCUACCUAGCAGGCGUCGGCAUGGGCGCAAUUACACGCGGCAUUCAGGACGCUGGGGUGAUUGCCACUGCCAAGCACUGGCUCUUGAAUGAGCAAGAAUACCGUCGCCGAGCGUCUGACUUGGGAGAAGCCAUAAGUUCAAAUGUUGAUGAUCGUGCCCUUCACGAGCUUUACGUUUGGCCUUUUAUGAACUCACUCAAAGAGGGUGCAGCAUCCGUCAUGUGCUCAUACCAGAGAGCCAAUCAUUCAUACGGAUGCCAGAACUCAAAGCUCUUGAACGGCAUUCUGAAGACAGAACUUGGGUUCGAGGGAUUUGUGGUCAGUGAUUGGCAGGGUCAAAUGAGCGGCGUCGCCUCGGCCAACGCUGGCUUGGAUCUGGUCAUGCCUGAUGCUGGGUUUUGGGGAGAAAAGCUCAUCGAAGCCGUCAACAACGGUACGGUGAGUGAAGAGCGACUUUCCGACAUGGCCACAAGAAUACUGGCAGGCUAUCACUUUCUGAAUCAGCAGCACGCUUUUCCCGAGCCCACGGUUCAUUCCAACUUACAAAAAGUCUUUCCCGUCGACGUCCAGGAUGAUCAUGCCGCGUUGAUCCGGCAAAUCGGCGCCGCCGGCACCGUUUUGGUCAAGAACGAGAACAACACUCUCCCUUUCAAAAACCCGAAAUUCCUCUCAAUCUAUGGAUACGACGCAACCGUUAAGGCAACCCCGUGGCAAAACCCCAGUCGUUAUGGCGGCGGUUAUGAAGUCAACUUUGGCUGGGAGACGUUUAACGGAACUCUCAUUACGGGAGGCGGUUCUGGUGGAAGCACCCCCCCUUAUGUCGUCUCGCCUUUUCAGGCCAUUCAGGAGCGUCUUUCAAAGAACAGGGGCAUCCUUCGAUGGGACUUUUACUCGGAGAACCCUUCCCCACCUUACGUCAAUUCGGAGGCUUGUCUCGUUUUCAUCAACGCCUACGCCUCAGAAAGCUUUGACCGUCUGAGUUUGACGGACGAGUUCAGUGAUAAUCUCGUACAAAAUGUCGCUGCCAAUUGCUCAAAUACUGUAGUUGUUAUCCAUUCAACAGGAAUACGCACAGUUGACGCUUGGAUUGAGCAUCCCAACGUCACCGCUGUUCUCUUUGCCGGGCUUCCCGGCCAGGAAAGUGGCCACAGUCUUGUGGACAUCCUUUGGGGCGACGUUAAUCCUUCAGGGAAGCUUCCGUACACUGUAGCGAGGCAGGAAUCGGAUUACGGAAGCCACCUGAACUCGAGUGCCUCGGAUGAUUUCUUCCCAGACAGUGAUUUCACGGAAGGCUUAUAUAUCGACUACCGCUACUUUGAUUCACAGAACAUUACUCCUCGAUAUGAGUUUGGCUUCGGUCUCUCUUAUACUACCUUUUCUUUUGCCGAUUUAUCAGUUGGCUUGACGUCAGAUGCCGACACGUCAGAGUAUCCCGAUCCCGCUAUUGCAGUUGUACAGGGUGGCCACCCUUCUUUGUGGGAGACCAUCGCCGUCUCCAAGGUGUCUGUUAGCAACACUGGUGGCGUGGGUGGUACGGAGGUUGCUCAGCUAUACAUUGGAGUACCGGGGGAUGACAGCCCUGUUCGACAGCUUCGUGGCUUCUUGCCCGUUUACCUGUCCCCUGGGCAGACAAGAACCGCCGCUUUCGAGCUCACUCGACGAGAUCUCAGUGUCUGGGACGUCGAGAGUCAGCAAUGGCGCCUACGGAGAGGAACUUAUACCGUUUGGGUUGGGUCGUCCAGCAGGGAUUUGGCUUUGCGAGGUGAGAUUGAGAUCAAGUAG